GGGUUAAAUAUGUGGACAGCUCUUCACUGCAGCUGUUAACUAUUUUGCUGUGCAGCCAGAUCCCUUCACACUCCAGGAGUGAAAAUGGCAUCAGGAGUAAAGGUCCCGGAUGAUGUUGUGACUUUCUACCAAGAAAAUAUGAAAAUACACAAGCAUGGAGCGGGUACUGAUGACCAGUAUAAGUUUUUGCUGCUCAAGAUUGACAAGGAUAAGGUGACAAUCGACGAACGCGUGCAAGUGAAAGAGCUGAAGGGAGAGAAAAAUAUCUUCAAGAAGAUCCUGGAGAUGCUGCCCAAAGGCGAGUGUGCCUACGCUCUCUAUGACUGCAGCUACGAAACCACGGAAACUCAGAAAGAUGCAAUGGUCUUCAUAAUGUGUACUCUGGAGGAAACAUCAGUCAAGGAAAGAAUGCUCUACGCUAGCUCCUGUGUAAAUGUCAAGAAAUGUUUUUCAGGUGUCAAAUUUGCGUGGCAGAUAACUGAUCAAUCAGACCUCUAUGACCUGGAUGUUUUUGUGGAAAAGCUGUCAGAUCUAUCAAGAGCAACCAUUACCAAGAUUGAGGGGGUAGAGCUGUCAAACAUCAAACGUGACAAAUGAUGAUGAUGAUGAUCAAGAUGCUGCUGCCCACAAAUGAGCUGGGAGGAGAGAAGCACAGUCUUUGUCCUGGGAUGACAUCAAAGAUGGGACAGGACUAAAGGGAAGGGUUGGGCUGCAAGCUGAAACACACAAUCCCAAUAUUUUUGUCCUAUUAAACUGUCCAAUCUCUCUUGACUCAGUUGUACAUUAAUGAGUUUUCAAAUCACUGACAUCAAUUUUUUUUUUUUUUUUAAAUAUAAACAUCCAUUUUGAAACUGCACAUAUUCCUGCAUUCACCAUUUUGUUUUCUGUUCAGUGACCACUACUAGUUCGAUGGAAAACCAAAUGGUUAAUGAAGAAUGUGACUAAUCCAUUGCAACUUUUAUACUUUGUAAAACAUAAGAUAAAUGCCGUACCUGGUCUGAGAUAUUUGGUCCAUGGAUUCUUAAGUGAUGCUCUUUAAUUCAAUUAUAACAACCAUUUGCAUCUAUGAUGUAACUUUACAAAAAGAAGCAGAUACCCCAAUGCUGCCUUUGUGGAAAACACUUCAGCACUUAGCUUCCAUCUGUCAGUGCUCGAUCUACUGCUUGGGUAUUCUCAAAUAAACUAUUCAAUGCAACUAGCA